GGGGAGGUGCAAAGUUUACCCCUAGUAAUGUGUACGGGCCACCCACCUAUCCGGACACCUUAGAGUUGCACGUGCGCACAUGCAUGCGAACACCUCAAUCGUGACACAUAAACACUCAUCUGCCGGCGGGUGUCAAAGAUGUUGGCGCUUUAGUCAUUGUGCAACUUAUGUGAGCUGGACGAUUUUGAGUUUAACAACCCUGGUCGAGCGCGUAUCACGUGUCUUGACGGUCACGUGCAGUUACGUCAAGAACAGUUGGAUUCGGGAUAGAAGGGACAGGAUGGCCAAACAUUGACCGAUAUUCGUUUGUUUAUAUCCAUGCCUUCAAUGGCAAGGAUCGUGGACCAUUUGCAAGCUCCCGUUACAUCUGUAACGCAUGCUUAUGAAAGCAGAGAUUUAAACUUUCGAUACAGACCAAAGAAAUCAAAAAGUACCGAGGAAUAUGCUGGAUCCGUGCUAUACCCGCACUUCACAUUAUACAACCACGUUGAUGUCAAUGUUUAGUUGCCGCUAUCAUCCCAUAUCUCUCGGCGCCCACAGCAGGUUCCACAUGUCUAGUCAAUGUCAGUCACAUUUGUCACAAACCGUCUGCCCUCCUACAUUUGUCACUAUGACCAAGACAACAUCCCAUCACCGCUGUUCCAUCACCCACGCCAGGUCACCCACCGACCCCGGGAGCGUCUCUCACGCACAGCGCCGCGCGCCGCCGAGUGGGCGACACAUUAGAAAAGGCCUCCGAGCACUCUCGGCGUGCCCAGUCGUCCGGCGCCGUCCGCUCUGCAGUCCCGAUGGCGCCGCCACCGGCCCGGUCCGCGUGCGCCCGCCUGCUGGUCGGCCUGGCGGCGCUGCUGGCGCUACACCAGCGACCGCUGGCCUCCGCUGGCCCGCUGGCCGAACGGAGCUGGCUGGAGGGCGGCCAGCCGGCCGCGCUGCUGCCCGUGCCCCGACCAGCACCCCAGGUCGCUCCGGACUGGCUAACUCAGUAUGUCUCCGAUCUCCACGACCGGAGUCAGCCGUCGGGGCUGGCAGCGCGGCCUCAGCAACCAGAGGCGGAGCUGCGGCUGAACGGCCUUCCGCGCAGCUCGGCCGCCGAGCUGCUGGAGCUGCUGCCCAUGGCGCGGCCGCCGGCGGCGCUGAGCAAGCGGCAGAUCCGCUACCACCAGUGCUACUUCAACCCGAUCGCCUGUUUCCGGAGGCGGAAAUAACACGACGGUCGGACGCGGGACGAUGACGAAGGUACCGGUGGCCGGUGGCCACGCGGUGCUGGCGAAUUGCCAUACGACCUGGGUGAAGAGAUAGGAGCGUCCUGAAGAACAGAACAUCGGGCAAUUGGCUGCUCCUGCCGAGUCCGACGACUGUGACAAUAAAUAUUCGUGACAAUUAACGGUGAAAGCGAUUUCCAGAAGAUAAAAUGCAGUUCAGGAGGAAAUAAGAAUUCAGCAUUGUGAACGUUGCCAAUUAGAUUCGAAUGCAUUGUGUUUCUUGUGCAUCGCCCACCAUAGAUUUGGACAAUCCAUGAUGUUUGUUAUAGCUUUGUUUCAAUAUUCGGUAGUUUUUUUUCAAAAAAGGAAUUCCACUAACCACAAAGCUUUGUUUUCUAUUUUGCAUCUCACAUUAAAACCGACACCUCAAACAAUGCCACCACUGCAUUCAAACUGUUAUACGGAAAGCACUGGCAUUAAAUAGAAUCGAAGAAACUGAACCAGCAAUAUUGAACGUUUCGGUACGGAACCAUGUGUCGCCGAUGAGUCAAUCCACAUAAAGGGCUCUUGGCAACACACUGAACGAAAGAAUUGUUUGCACAGCAAUAGCAUAUACCUAUUUCCUAUCACUUCUGGACGAAAGAGGCGAUGCAAGGUAGCCCUGAAAGCAAGAUCCGGAGAAACUAUAUUGCUCGAAGUGAGCAAAAGAGGCUACUGGCACAUGCCACUUCAGAUAUCGACAAUAAUCCACAACAUAAAACAGCAUCCAUUCACAAAGUUGGAAACACCAAGGAACUGGUUUCAAAAAGAUGACAGGGGAGAAUCAAAUUCAAAGUCCUUGUGCAAACAAAUGUGCACCAGGGCCGCAUCCCCCGCCAACAUUGGGCUGGUAAAAUCACGUGACUCAACUUCCGGACAGAGUGCGACCGGAAGGGAGGCUGGAAGAGAGCGACCGAGAUAACACCGGCGCCGGGCUCUCUGAGACCGCGACAGUCGGCCGAGGCCGGCGGUCAGCCACCUGUACCGCUCUCUCUAUGUACACGUGCCUACGGGCGCCGCCCGGCAGCCGCCUAGGGUGCCGGGUGGGCAGGUAUAGGCACUCGGACGCUGUGACCACAAGGAGGAGGUCACGUGACCCCACUAACGACGACUGUGCUCUGGCCGGCGCGGCCGGCGGUGAGCCGCUUUGUAUCUCGGUGCGUGUCGUGUGUACAGUAGUUUGUUUUCGUGUCGUGUGGUGUGCUCCCAAGUAAGUAAACAUGUUGCAUUUAUCGUAAUACAUUUGUCGCAAAUA